CUGCACUCGCGCCGGCCCGUCCCCUCACAGGGGGCCAAUGGGCUCUCAGGACGCGCACCUAACGACGCGGGCCCCGCCCCUUGGAGACGCGCGCCGGCCUGGCCAACAUCCGCCGAGGUAGCGAGAGGUUUGAGAGGCGUCUGGGGUCCUGGCGGGCCAUGAAGCUGACGCGGAAGAUGGUCCUGUCCCGGGCCAAGGCCUCGGAGCUUCACAGCGUGAGGAAGCUCAACUGCUGGGGCAGCCGUCUCACUGAUAUCUCCAUUUGCCGAGAAAUGCCCAGCCUGGAAGUGAUCACCCUCAGUGUCAACAGCAUCUCCAGCCUGGAGCCCGUGAGCCGCUGCCGGCAGCUAAGCGAGCUGUACCUGCGCAAGAACCGCAUACCCAGCCUGGCAGAGCUCGUCCACCUGAAGGGCCUCCCGCGCCUGCGCGUGCUCUGGCUGGCCGAGAACCCCUGCUGUGGCACCUGCCCCCACCUCUACCGCAUGACCGUCCUGCGCACCCUGCCGCAGCUGCAGAAGCUGGACAACCAGGCUGUGACGGAGGAAGAGGUGUCCCGAGCGCUGAUGGAGGGAGAGGAGGUCACGGCCCCCAGCAGAGAGGACUUGGGGAGCAGCCCGCCUGAGCUGUCCUACACCCGAAGUGCUGUGGACGCCACCACUGAGACGACACAGGAUCCCCUGAGCCUCGGCGAGGGGGAGGCCAGCGACCAGGGGCAGCUUGGCCUGAAGCCCACGUCCCGGGACCGGUUUCCUCCGUUCUCGCAGCGGGAGGCCACAAGCAGUUGCGCGAGCAGGAACAACAUCCUGACAGCCAUCCUGAUGCUGCUGCAAGAGCUGGACAUCGAGGGACUGGAGGCCGUCCACCAGACCGUGGUCAGCCGGCUCCAGAGCCUGCACAAGCAGGAGUUGCAGGAGGACAUGGAGUGACCCCAAGUCAGCGGGACCCUGCGCUGAAGCCCAGUGUCUUCCCGAACCUGGGAAGGGGGCUCCCAGCUGCAGCCUCUGGGGACAACCCCAGGCUGAGCCCAGGCACAGGGCUGCAUCCCUGGGAAGCCAAAAUCUUGUUGCAGAUGGCACCCGGCAGGGGCAGGAGAGGCUGCUGGGUAGACCGCCCUGUGCCCUCUGCUGGGUGGGUCAUGGCUGGGUGCCUCCUGUCUCCCAGGACCACCUUCGUGUGGCUCCUCCUCAGGGUGGGCUUUGCGGCCAUCCUAAUAAAUGCUUUCCCGAAGUCUGGUGUGGGAGCAGGCGUGUCCUCCAUGACAGGUUCACUCUUGUUAAGGUGAGGGCAUUGCUCACGUGUUUUCUCCAUGCCAGUUGUGACUCGGUCACGGGAUGGAUUUCUGUCAACCUCAGGGAACUUCGAGAAUGAAGGCAGCUGUAGGGACAGGCCGCCUGCUGCCUCCAGGACAUCUUGUCUGCAAGGCACUUUGUGUCCAUUGUCAAGAGCCCCACACGAUGCAGGGGUCUAUGCUGCCCCUGCAUGAGGGGCUAGACGACGGGGACCCAGUCAGAAGCAGCAGCUGGGUGGGAAGGGACAGCUUCCUUAGGUUUUCUUCUGUUGGGAAGCAUUGCUGAUGGGGAAACCGUGGUCCCAGGGGCUGUCCUGGGGCCACAGUGCAGUGGGAGGAGGGGCCGUCUGACCCGUUAGGGAGUGCCUGCCUGUUCUCGCUGGGUUGGAAGUGACGGGCACUGGCGUCCAGUGGGAUCUGAGGGUCCACAGACCCAAGGGGAGCUGGCUGAGCACCUGGAAGACCCCUGACUCCGGGAAGAGGGAGCUGCACCCACUGAGGCUCAUCUGCCCUGGGAGCCCCGGGGAAGGCGUGGUUCAUCUGUGGGGCCCCCUGUAGUUCUCAGGGCAGGGGUGGGCUCUGGCCUUGGGCAGUGGGGACUCGCCACGUGGGGGCAUCCAGAACGGAUGGCCACUGCCGUGCACGUGCCUUCUCUUGUAAUUAUGAGAUGUUGGAUGCUCUCAAUAAAGUCCAUCCUGAUGAGAACAAG